AUGGAUUGGAAGCAGCUGGGUAAGGCUGCAAAAAGAGCAGCAGCCUCGAUCGAGGAUGCCGCGCGCAAGGCCGCGCCACACAUCGAGGAGGCGGCCGCGAAAGCAGCGGCGCACAUCGAGGAAGCCGCAGCCAAAGCGAAGCCGCACCUCGAGGACGCCGCGCGCAAAACGCGUGCGGCGGCCAAAGAGGCGCAAAAACGCAUCGACCGGAACGCCGCCAAGCGGUUACUGGGUGGAGUCUUAAAGGAUUGGCUCGACGGCGACAUUCUGUGCGGAAAUUACGGUACUCUGGUAGCGUUCUGGCCCGCAUAACUCAUCGAUUUCCACACAGGCGACAUCGACUGGAUUGACGAGGAUGAUGAGAGCGCCGCCGAAGCGAAGCCUACUACCGGCGCCUCCAUCGCGGUCUCGCUGCGGAAGGGCGAGAUCAAGUUACGACGCGUCCAGCUCAAGGCGCGCAGCCUCGACGCCGUCGGCGCGCCCGGUUUGUAUCUUGUUUCCGGUAGCGUGGACCACGCGAAAAUCGUGCUUCCCUGGGCGCAGCUCGCUGGCUCGAAACCCGCGAAAGUGGAGAUAGGCGCGUUGUCCCUGCGACUAAGGGCGACACGCGACGAUGACACCAAUUCUACGGCCGUAGAAGCCUCGGCCAAACGACGCGAGGAUUCAUUGGAGGCGAUGCGCGCCCAAUGGACGGCCUUCGCUGAGCAAACGGCCGCUCGGCGGCUCGACAAGACCGAGUGGAAAAUAAAAGUCGACGAGGCCUCCGUGGCCUGGGAGAUCCCCGGCGGCGUGGCGCAAGUCAUGGUCCAAGGCGCGACGGCGACCGGAGCUUCCACGGCCUGGGUCCUCGGCUGCCGGGCCGCGGCCUUGUCCGUGAAUAACGACGCACCUGUGCGGCUGACGCCGACGACGUGCUCCCUGACCGUAGCCGACGCGAUCCAGCUUAACUUCGGCCCAAUCGCGCUUCAAGCGAGGCCCGCCGAGACCGCCGCUCUCAUUCGAUGUGUCUGCGGCCUCGACACCCUCGCUGCGCCGGCGCGCGCCUGCAUUAAAUUAAGAGCGUUUGCGCCGAAGGUGACCGUGGAGACGGCCCCGGACCGGCGGUCGUGGACCGGCCUCGCCGAUGUGAGACUCGACGACGAAGCAGUGGCAGUCGCCGAACCGCUGGUCGUGGUCGUGGAGGCUGUCGAAGUAAGCGUGACGAGCUCGACGGACACGCUUGCCGUCGCCGCCACAGCAAAAACAACAACGGUCGGUGGCGCGGUCGUCAGCGAUUUGGCAGUGCAAGCGUCGGACGAUAAUGUGGUCGUGCGCGCGGUCCGCGCGGACGCGGAUGUAGACGGCCGCGCGCUCGCGUCUAUCAUAGAAGUUACGACUUCGAUUCAAACCGGCUUCGCCUGCCGCGCGUGGGACUACCUCGGGGUCGCUCGCGCGGACGUCGAAGGCGAGGCCGUGGACUUCUUCGCGGUCGAGACCGAGCGGACCACCGCAAUUAGUGUCGACGCCGUUUCCGGCACAUGGGACGGCGUGAAAUUUCGAGGCCACGUCUCUAGCGACGGCUCUUCGUGCACCGCAGUGCUCGAGGCGGCCCGAAACGGCGCACAGCUCCUGGAGCCCACGCUGGUACAAAUUACGGCCGAUGGCGUCUCGCUGACCAACGCCACCGACGCCGACGCGCCCCUCGACGUCUACGCGGCACCAUCCGACAUCCGAUCUAUAAUGGACGCAGCGGAGGAGCUUGCGUUGGACGGCAGUGGGGCCUUUGCAUUGCGCGCGGCGGCCAUCCGCCUCUACGCGACGGGCACGCGCUUGCCCGCAUUUCUUUUAGCGGCGAGCGACGUGUGUCUCGACGGGCGCCAGGGAACGACGGCACUCACGUGCUCGCUGACGCGCCUCGACGCCUACGACGCACAGACGUAUCGAUGCGUGCUCCAGAAGCCGGUAAACGUUUGCGCGCAAGUGACGGACGGUACUCUGAGGGUGGCGCUCGGCGAUCUCGGUCUCAGCGUCGACGAGGCGACGGUUGCUUCCAUUUCUCGCCUCCUCGCGGCGCGCGAGGCGACCGAGGCGCCGCCGCUCCAAGUGGUCAACGAGACGGGCGCACCGCUCCUCGUCGAUGGCGUUUCUGUUGAAGCAAACGCCGCGGCGACGCUAAGUGUUGAUACAAAGCCGCGCGCGGACCGCCUCGGGCGCGCGCGCGACGGCGCGCCCCUCGCGCCGCUCGAAGUCUUGGCCGACGCCUACGCCGCGGCGCUGCCGCUGGACCGGCGCUCCCUUUACGGACCGGGCGACGGGCUGCGGCCCUCGGGCGUCGUCGCGUCGAGCGACUUUGUGGUUGGAGAGUACACAUAUCAAGGCAGUGCACCGACGCUGCGGUUGCGGACGAGGAUCCGCGUCGAGAACCGGUGCGACCGCGAGAUGGCGCUCCAGGUCGCCGGGAGUGCCUACCAGCGCGACCUGCCGGCCGUCGCGCCCCACACGACGUUCGACCUGCCCUUGUCAAUUGUCCGGGAGGCGCCUCACGACGCCGUGGUGUGCGUCCAGGCUGAUGAUCGCUGGAGGCCCGUGGCGAAUUUCGAAAAGCUCCGUGCUUUUGGUAGAAGCGGCUCGGAAAGGGUCCACUGGGUCGACGCACCGGCGAGAUGUUAUGUGCUCGCAUCGACCGCGGCCAACACCGUGGUCGUCUGCCCGCCCGUCGCACUGAAAUCCUCACUCACAUUGCGAGCGCGCGUUGCGACGGCCCGCCGCCUUCCUCAGUCGCGCGACGACUAUGCCGAAACGUGCGUGAUACCACCGAACGAGGCCGAUCUUUCCGCGUUGUACGACGUGUCCGCGACGCACUGGUGUCUGCGGGUGGAUGGUAUUGAGGCGCAAUCGGCUUGGGUCGAUAUCACGGGCGUCGCUGCCCGAGGCGAGGAGGCCGCGUUCGUCGUCGACGACGGGCGGCAGCGUUUGCGCGUGACGCUGAACAGAUUGACUAGGACGCCUUCUUUGUUGUUGGUGCUGCGGUGCGGUCUGGUGAUCGAGGAUAGAGCCGGUCUUGGUGUGGGCGUCGUUGGCCACGUGACGACUAAUGCGCGGGUCAUGGUCGACGGCUCUAAGCAUUCAGCGAUUCAGUUGCAAAGCGGCGACGGUGUCUCGCCUUUUAUCGUGCCGGGACAACUCGUCGACGGACGGGGCGCCACGAGGAUAGGAGAGCGGCCUGUCGGGAUACUCCUCGAGGAUCGUACAUUAGCGGUCGUGCCGCUCGUUGUACUAAGCUGCUCCGUGCCCUCGCACCAUGUCACGGUGCGCCACGCGGGCGUCUCUACUCAAGACGAGCCACUCCCCGUGCACGCGUCCACCUUUGACGUGUCAAUCGACGGAGCUGACGCCUCGAGCGGGUGGUUCUCCGUCAAUGUGACGGCGCUGCAGCCGGGGAACGUUGUGAGGCGAUUUGAAAACGUCGAGCUCGUGGUCGGGCCGCGCGCUACAGACGCCGGCCACAGCCUUUUAUUACGAUUGUGCCGCGCCGAAGGCGACGUUUCGAUUGAUAUUUAUGUAGACUGCGCCUCUACGGCCGUCCGCGUCGCCGACCUCGACAUCAAGGUCCCGCGCGGCUGGAGCCUCUCGAAGACAGGUGACAAGUGGGCGCUGGACGUGAGGGCUCUUACGAUUCUAGAUGGUCCUCAUACGACGCUCACCUCGACUUCGGAGUUCUUCCUGCGGGCAGCGGCGCGGAUCGACCGGAAGCUCGCGGCGCGUUUUCUGCCAGGCGAUUUGCGGGUUGCCUUGCGGGAGCGGUGCGCGCGGCGAUGCGUCGGCGUACUCCAAGCGAUGCGCCGCGCCUGGGCGAGCGAGCAGUUGAUAGAAACCUCGGCGCCCGACUCGUACGUCGUCGACCUGAUACGCUGCGGGCGGUUCGCGGUGGCGCCACUGUCGCUCGUACCCGACGCAGCGGCCCGCGUCGAACUGGCGCACGCGCUGGAGGAUGAGGGCGGCGUUUUGGGCUGGGCAGUGUCAUUAUUAUCGUCUUUUCCGAGGCUGGCGGUGGUAGAUGCGGAGCUCGACUUCACCGGAGCCGACAUCAGGCCGACGACGCGUCGUCUGACGGCCGAUGGCGUGCUCGGCGAGGUCGCAUUACUCUAUGGAGAGCAACUCAAGCAGUCUUGGUGGUCGAUCGCGACGAGUCUGUCUCUGAACGGCGGCGCGGCCGCGCGGCCGCCACCGCGGCGCCGCGUCGAGGUCGAGGUCGUCGUGCCGGCCUCUCAUGAAAAGCUAGGCUUCUCGGUCACGUCGACGGGCGGCAGGCUCGUCGUCAUCUCGGUGCGCGACGCGUCGCCGCUCGCCGUGCGCGGCGUCGGGCCCGGCGCACGGUUGUUAACGCUGAACGGCGAGGACGUGGCUCAUGUUCCUCCGGCCGAGCUCUCGGCGCGCGCGGCGUCGCUAGCUGGGGUUGAGCGAAGAGUCGUGCUCACGGUUGAUGACGUCGUUGCUCCUCCUCCUCCUCCCGGUGGGGCGUCGUUCUGAGAUGUGUGUGGUAGUUGUGAAUAGGUG